CCGGCGGCGGGGAGAAGCGAGUGGCAGCGGCGGGGCCGGGAGCCGAGGCGAGCCAAGCCAGGAGUCUAGGUGAAAAAGACCCACACGUACCACCUCACCGUCGCCAUGGCUCCCACAUUAGCCACUGCCCACCGCCGGCGCUGGUGGAUGGCCUGCACAGCUGUGGUGGAAAACCUCUUCUUCUCCGCUGUCCUCCUGGGAUGGGGGUCUCUCCUCCUCAUGCUGCAGUCAGAGGGCUUCUACUCCUACCUGUGUCUCCCACCAGAGGAUGUGAACAUCUCAGCCAACGGCAACCUGUCAACAGGCAACCUGACGAGAGUGCAGGAGGAGCCGGUGCGCAUGAACGGUUGGCUCACCUGCAAGGAGCAAGAUGAGAUGCUGAACCUGGCGUUUACUGUGGGCUCCUUCCUGCUCAGUGCCAUCACUUUGCCACUGGGCAUCGUCAUGGACAAAUAUGGUCCACGCAAACUACGACUGCUGGGCAGUGCCUGUUUUGCCGUGUCCUGUGUGAUGAUCGCUUAUGGUGCCAGCAACCCUGACUCCCUGUCCGUGCUGAUCUUCAUCUCACUGUCGCUGAAUGGCUUUGGGGGGAUGUGCAUGACCUUCACAUCACUCACACUGCCCAAUAUGUUUGGUGACCUUCGCUCCACCUUCAUCGCCCUCAUGAUCGGCUCUUACGCCUCUUCGGCAGUUACUUUCCCAGGAAUCAAGGUGAUCUAUGACUUUGGGGUCUCUUUUAUCCUCAUCUUGGUGGUUUGGGCCUGCUGUGCAGGGCUCGUCUUCUUCAACUGCUUCUUCAACUGGCCCCUUGAGCCUUUCCCAGGCCCAGAAGACAUGGACUACACGGUGAAGAUUAAGUUUAGCUGGCUGGGAUUUGACCACAAGAUCACCGGGAAGCAGUUCUACAAGCAAGUGACGACGGUGGGCCGCCGCCUCAGUGUGGGAGGCUCCAUGAAAGGCCAGAAGGAGAAGGCAACUCUGCAGGACGGCAACAAGCUGUGCCUGUCGACGGUGGACCUGGAAGUGAAGUGCCAGCUGGACACCGCAGCCUCCCCCUCUUUUAUGCACAGUGUCUUCAGCCCCAUCCUGCUGCUCAGCUUGGUCACCAUGUGCAUCACCCAGCUGCGACUCAUCUUCUACAUGGGCGCCAUGAACAACAUCCUGCUCUUCCUGGUGGAUGGUGACUUGGGGGCAGUCAAUCUCUACACCUCCAUCUUCGGGGUCCUGCAGCUGCUUUGCCUGUUGACAGCUCCCGUGAUAGGCUACAUCAUGGACUGGAAGAUGAAAGAGUGUGUGGAUGGCUCGGAAGAGGCAGACGACAAGGACUCCAGUCCGGACACCAAAAAGAAGAAGCCUCGGGACCGGCAAAUUCAGAAGGUGACUAAUGCCACCAGGGCCUUUGCUUUCACCAACCUGCUGCUGGUGGUGUUUGGAGUCACCUGCCUGAUCCCCAACCUGCCUUUACAGAUCCUUUCCUUCAUCCUGCACACAAUUGUGAGAGGAUUCAUCCAUUCAGCAGUGGGUGGCCUCUACGCAGCUGUGUAUCCCUCCACGCAGUUUGGCAGCUUAACAGGGCUGCAGUCCUUGGUCAGUGCUCUGUUCGCUCUCCUGCAGCAGCCCCUGUUCCUGGUGAUGAUGGGACCCCUGGAAGGAGACCCACUCUGGGUCAACGUGGGCCUGCUGGGGGUGAGCAUGCUCGGUUUCUGCCUGCCAAUCUACUUGAUCUGUUACAAGCGGAGGCUGGAACGGGAGAAGCAGCAGCAAAGGGACGAUGCCAAGCUCUUCCUGAAAAGCGACUCGGAAGCCUUUGUGUAGGGGCUGCUUGUCCAGCAGCCGGGACUGUGCUGCAGGGGCUGCCUUCCGAGCUCCCCUGGCCCCCUCUGCCUGUCUUGUCUUCAACACUCCACGCCUCCAGAGAGGGCAGAGGCUGUCCACUUCUCCUCUGAACUGCAUGGCUCACUGCUGUCUUGUGUAAAAGUCACCAAGAGACAGAUGCCCCCAGCUUUCUUUUCCUGGCAUCUGGUGGGAGCUCCGGAGGCAGGAGUGGCAUCGAGCACUAAGGGGGUGGUGUUUGCCCUCUUUGGUGUUUCCCUCGCCAAAUGCCCUCUCCUUCUUGCCGGAUUAUCUUGACUGCAGGAGGGCCUUGUGUCACCUUCGCUCUCUUUCCCUGCCAACCCCAGUGCCCCAGAACUUGGCUUCAAGCUGGUAAGGAGGCAGGUUCUAUCCCUAAUCUUCAUUCAGGCCCUGCUGGAGGCCUUGAAAAGGCCAUUCUUCCUGCCGUCUGCGUGACCCUCUCUUUCAGCUCAGUGUUACAACCAAUCCAGAAUGGUAUACAAGGUAGCUUUGGUGCCCUAAGGCAGGGAGAGAAUGUCUGAGCGUUCACCUGUGCCAAAGCCAAGCGCCCCCGCCACCCCUCCCGCCCUGGCCACAGUGUCCCAUCCCCUACUAUCUCCAGGAAACUUAGCCCAGUGCCUCUGACUGGUGCACCCUUUCUGGAAAGAGCAACAAAUAGGGGAUUUCUGGGGAGGGGAGUUGCAGAUCUCCCCCCCCCCCAUUUUCCAGGUGCUGAUUGCUGUAGCAUUGAGAAGAAGUACCUGCUGUGCAUGCUGUACUAGAUGGAUUUUACCUAGGGAAAAAAGGGGGAUGCGAGACCCACGUUUGGAAACCCGGUUGGACUUCUCCGUGAGGAACCAGUGGCAACUGUGUGCAAGGUCACCCUGAGAGGCUGUGCUCCUGCCAAUGCAACUGGCUGGGGGUAGACCUGGCACUGACUAGAGACUCGCCAGGGGUGAUGCUGCUGCUUCCUGGGCAUGUGGACAUGUUCUCUGCACGGAGCAGCUGGUGACCAUCCUUUGAAAAGCAAUAAACAAUCUCCUGAGAGCUGUGGUCCGUCCUGCAGCAGGAGCACAGAGAA